AGAAAAGCACAGGAUGAAUCGGACUGCGUAUUUCAGUUGUAGUUUGACUGUCAUUAUAUGAACUAUUGCUUUUUGGGGUAGUUUUUUUUGGUCUUGUAUAAAAAGGUUGUGCUCUGAGCUCCGUUACAUUAUUGAGACAAUGUCAAACAAAGAAGUAAAGUCGGCUCUGAAAAGUGCCAGGGAAGCUAUCAAAAAUAAGGAGUUUAAAGAAGCUCUGAAACACUGUAAGGCUGUUCUCAAACUUGAGAAGAAUAACUACAAUGCCUGGGUUUUCAUUGGAGUUGCGGCUGGUGAGCUGGAGCAGCCUGAUCAGGCCCAGACUGCCUACAAGAAAGCUGCAGAAUUGGAGCCCGACCAACUGCUUGCAUGGCAGGGCCUUGCAAACCUGUAUGAAAAAAGCGACCAAGAAGACUUCAAAGCUGAACUGCCCAAAAUCUAUCAAAAACUCAUAACCCUGUAUGAAACUUCAGACAAAGUCAAAUGCUUUGAAGUGAGCAAGAAGUUGGUGGACAUCUAUCAGACAGAAAAGAACUAUUUACAGGUAGCAAGAGUGUGGCGGCGACUCAUCCAGAUGAGGGAGGCAGAGGAAGGUGUGGAGAACUUCGAGCUGCUUGAACUAUGGAGGGAAAUGACCAGACUGCUCCUGGGUACUGUGGAAAAGCAGGACAAUGAGACUCAACAGCAUCUCCUCUCUGCCUUUGAACAAGCUCUCCAGCUAACAGCACAUGUACCUAGUGAAGACCAUAGAGAGCUCACAAAAGACUACAUUAAAUGUCUCUCAAAACUCCCUCAUGAAGUGGUGAAGCUGAAAGAGAUGUGUGAGAACAUGCUGUCCCUCUACCCAAAAGACUCAUACCCUCUAGAAGUCCUAGGAGAGUACUACUUGCUUUCAGAUGAUUGCAGUGAGGAUGCUGUGAGCUGCUACACUCGUCUGCUGGAGCUGGACCCAGCCAGUUCGCUUGCUCACUUUGGCCUAGGUGUAAAAGCUCUUCAGGAUAAGAAAUAUGAAGAUGCUGUCAAAAGCUUAGGUCUUGGACUAAGACGGAUGCGCUCCAGCGUCAUUGGGUGGUACAACCUUGCUCAGGCUGAGCUGAAAAUGCACAAGUAUGCUGACAGUGCACUGUCUUCCAGUCAAGGGCUGAUAGUGAGUGCAGGGUAUGAUGAAGACUGGACCCAGAAGCUGUUGAGAGUGAAGCUGGAGGCGCUUGUGAGAGUUGGAACGGAGCAGAGUACAGAAGAAGCUCUGGAGAUGCUUUCUCAGAUGGCAGAUGCAAGCAAUGACCCUGCACUGUUAGCAUUAAAAGGGAGAGCCCACUUGCAGAAGGGACAGCUUGCAGAAGCAUUUCAGGUUUCUUCUGAGUUGCUGAGCUCUCACCCUGGCUCCGUGGAGGGGUUAACCCUAAAGGGAAUGGCUCAUACAUCUAAAGAUGAGCACCAACAAGCAGAGCAGUGCUUUGUAGAAGCUCUAUCUCAGAGGCCAGACAGCGGAGAGCUGUAUUUCUUGCUUGGAAAGAUAUAUUGGAGCAUGGGAGAGGAGACACGGAGAGACAGGAGCAAAGCCCACACUCAUCUACUGAAGGCUGCGAAGCUGGAUCCCCAUCUGGGCUCAGUCUUCCGCUACCUAGGUCACUACUACAGGGAGGUAGCCAAAGACCUGGGCCGAGCCAGAGGCUGCUAUAAAAGAGCAUUCGAGUUAGACUCCACUGAUGGAGAGGCUGGAGCCGCCACUGUGGACCUCAGCAUGGAGCAAGGAGACAUGGAUUCUGCUUUAGCAGUUCUGCAGUCAGUGACAGAGAGAGCGACACCAGGUUCAGCCAAAUGGGCCUGGAUGAGGAGAGGACUGUACUACCUAAAAGUUGGCCAGCACCCACAAGCUAUUGCUGAUCUGCAGGCAGCACUGCGGGCCGACCCUGAGGACUGGGUUUGUUGGGAGUGUUUAGGUGAGGCCUACCUGAACCGCCACAGCUUCACAGCUGCCCUCAAAGCCUUCGCCAAGGCCCACGUACUCCAGCCCAGCUCCAUCUACAGCCUCUACCAGACCGCAGCGAUCAAACAGAUCCUGGGCAGGUUCAAAGAGGCUGCAGGAGAGUACCUGCACAUUAUAGAGAGAGAAGAAUAUGUGCCAGCAUUGAAGGGUCUUGGUGAAUGUCUUUUAGCCAUGGCUAAGACUGCAAUGGAGGACUACCUGGAUGGCAAAGCAGUAGACUUGAUACAGGAAGCCAUUAAAUAUUUGUUCAGAGCAGUGCAGAAGCGUUCUGACUUGUCCUGCCUGUGGAAGUUGCUGGGUGAUGCCUGCACCAGCUGCAGUACUGUGUCUCCUAACCGGGCCAGUGCAUUGGUGCCUGGAGCUCUAUGUGGAGCAGAGCCUGCAGAUCAAAACCACAUGCUGGACCAGAAACAACUACUUACUCUUGGGGAGAGAUGUUAUGGCCGUGCUCUGAAACUGAUGGCGGAGGCCCCAAGCAUCUGGUGUGAUCUGGGUCUCAAUUAUUACCACCAGUCCAGGCUGCUCCUCUCCCAGUCCACAGAGCAGGACGUACAGCCACUGCUGGAGAAAGCCCUCCAGUGUGUUAAAAAAGCAGUUAUGCUGGACAGUAGGAAUCACACUUACUGGAAUGCGUUAGGGGUAGUGGCCAUGGCUAAAGGGAUUGAAAACUUUGCCCUUGCUCAGCACAGCUUUAUCAAAUCAGUCAAAGUGGAAUCAAGUAAUGUUGUAGCAUGGACAAACCUUGGAACUUUGUAUCUGAAGAAGGGCAACAUUGAGCUUGCCCAUGAAGCUUUCAAGAUCGCCCAGUCUCUGGAACCGUUGUAUGUCAACUGUUGGAUUGGACAGGCUCUUAUUGCUGAGACUGUAGGCAGCUAUGACACUAUGGACCUCUUCAGACACACCACUGAGCUCAGCACUCAUACUGAAGGGGUGAAGGGUUAUGCCUACUGGGUCUGUUCCACUCUACUGGACAAGAGUAACCGAGAUUCAGAGCUGUAUCGCUACAACAUAGUCCAGAUGAAUGCUGUCUCAGCUGCACAGGUGGCUUUGAGCAAGUACACAGAGAGAAUCCAGACAGACACUGAUGCCUUUGUUAUGCUGGGCUUCCUAAAUGAACACCUGCAGCUGAAGAAGCAAGCCACUGAAGCCUAUAAGAGAGCUGUGGAGUUGCUCCAGAAGGGUCCCCACAUAGAGGAGCUCAGCUUUGCUCUUAGAGGCUAUGCACGGGCCCUGUGUGACACAGGUCGAUGGGAGGAGGCAGUUCAUUAUUACUCCUCCACACCUCUAGAGGAACUAUAUGAUCUUGCAGGACUGGCUUUAGCUUGCUUUAGAGCAGGACGCCUGCAAGAAAGUGUUAAUGCCUAUGAAAAAGCUCUUGCAGUUGCCUCCACUGAGAAGGAGAAAGCAUACAUACUGACAGCUUUAGCUUUACUGCAGCACAGACUGGGAAACAUGGACACUGCCAAAACUCUGCUGUUCAAGUGCUCUUUGCUUAAGGAGCCUGUUCCGGAGAGCCUGGUGUGUCUGUGUGCUCUGGGCCUGGUUCAUGGAGAUGUCACCCUGGCUAGCGCUGCCCUCUUGGAGCUGUUUAAGCUGGAGGGAACACUAGGGGGUGCUGUGGAGGAGCGCUGCUUGCUCACUUGCACUCUGCUGGCCCUGCAGGGCAACUAUAGCUCAGUGCAGAGAGAGGCUUCUAGGGCUGUUUUCAGGAACCCAGGAAAUCCAUCCCUCUGGGCUCUGCUGUCCAGACUGGUGCCACAGUAUUGUCCAAGCAAAGCUGACGGAGGAGCUGUGGCAGGCAGUGUGGCCUGCCAUGCUAGCCUGACUUUGGGAAAGAGGGCACUGCUGUACAGUGGUGUAAAUCAGUUGGCCUCAGGCAGACACUUGAAUGAAGACAGGAGAAGGAAUGCUCUAAAGACCAUCCAGAGAGCUGUACUCCUCUGUCCUGAUGAUCCUGCAGGGUGGGCGGGGCUCAUGGCUGCGUGCCACACUGAAAACACAGCAUGUGCUCUCUCAGGCUCCAGCCCUUGCAGAGAGGGUCUAGAGAAGGUGCUCAUGACCAAGGUGUCUGAGACAGUGAAAGGCUUGCAGAGGGAGGAUGGGUUGUUGGCUCAGGCUCUAGAGAACUGGACACUGCAGCAGACUGUGACUGGACUCAAACAGAGCGGACAGUACGAUGAAGCUGAAACCCUCUGCUCACAGGUUUUAAGUGUGUCUUCUGAGCAUCCUGCAGUGUUCCUGUUGCUGAGGCAAGUUCAGUGUGAGCGCCUCCUACUGUCUGGUGGUGGUAAUUGUAUACCAACCACAGUGCUAGAUCAGCUCAGUUCUGCUGUCAUGGCCAACCCCACUUCAGUGUCUGCCUGGCACUGGCUGGCAGAGGUGUACCGCUCACAGGGUUUGCUGGCCCAAGCCUCAGUGGCCCUCAAGCAGAGCCUCCAGCUGGCCUCUCAGCUAGGCCUCCACAGUGGAAAGAUUGGCAGCCUUCUCCGCCUGGCUCUGCUUGCACUAGCCCCAUGCAUGGCUGGUGUUGGAGGAAAUGAAUGGAAGGAUCUUGUGCGGGAUGCCUGUACUGAGGUGUUGAAGCUGGGCCCCUCUCCUCCAGCCCUUCUCUUUCAGGCUCUGCUUCAGUAUUCCAUCAAGAUGGGUGCCAGGGAAACGAGGCGUCUGUUAGAGAAGAUCGUUUACGGCCCGUGUUCGGGAGAGGCUAAGACGGUUGCAUCAGUGGCCCGUUGGUACCUUCUGCGCCAUCUACAUGCCAAAGAUGACCUGCAGCUUAUAGAUACUCUAAUGGUGGAGGCUGCUGCCACAGGAGACUCAAGGCUGUUGGAGUUCCACAAACGCCUCUACCCCUGAAACCGCCCAGACUCAUCCACUCAGGACCAAAGCCAACCUGCCAUGCAAGAGCCAAUACAGCAACUACAUUCUCAGUUCUGCCUCUUCUGCAUUAUGUCUUACCUUCUUACAAUCCAGUCAAGCAUGUUUAUGGAUUUAGUCACCCUUCCUCGGUCUUCAAGAAGCACUUUUAUUGAACUGUGAUAAGCAUGUAUGAGUGGAAAAGAUGAUCAUGUGAUCUGUUAAUUAAUCAGAAUCAGCAUUUUUUUGUACAGGUAAAAGGCCAUGUAUUUAUAUUGGAUGGCUUUGCAGUUUAAUUUGGGACAGUGCCUUCUUUCAUCUCACACUCAUCUGACCUUCACAGUUAUGAGAGCCAAAGGGGCCAGCCUGUUUCGUUCCUGAUAUUCUGCAAUAAAAACUGAAAUGAACAGAGCUGACAUCAGGCAGUAACAGCUAUAAGGCAAUCCUGAAGCACUUUGUGAUAUUGGCACAGCACUGGAGGAGGGCUGCUCGUGAUACUGCAUGAGAAGUCAGUUCAGUAAGAGUGCCUGUUUUAAUUGAGGCAGCCUUUGCCAAUGCAAAAAAGUUUGUUGUUCUUUUAUUAUAUAUCUGCUGCCAAUUAAGGAAAAGAGCACCCUGGCCAAAUAAAAUAUGAAGGAAGUUUCUCCUUGUCCAGCAGCAAAUGGAUCUCAUCUUGGAUCCAGUCAAGAAUCCAUGCGCUUUACCUCUGAAUGCCAACACAUUUGUCAUCUCUUGUCUUUUCGCAAGUGCUUAAUGGAUAGACAGAAAAAUAUUGUCAAAUCUUUGUGAAAUUAAGAGAACUUCUAACUUCUAACUUCUAGUAGGUGGGCUAUCAGAGUUAAUUCUGUUGAACAAAUUGCAGUGGGCUGUAUGCUUUUUGUCAAAUAAACCAUGUGAGCAAAUGCAUGAAAACUGGCACUGGGAUAAUUUGCAUGUUUACUCUGGCACUGCUUGCAGCCCAGUAGGAAACUUUUUUUUAGUAACUUUACCACCAUAACUAACAGAAGUUUAUGUGCAUUAUUCUAUUAUCCUGACUGUAAAGUAAUAAAGUAAAUGCAUUAGCUGGAGCUGUAUACCCUGGUUGGCACAGGUAACUGUCCUCUUCUUUGAUUGACCUCCGAGAUUGGGCCUGAAAGAACAUCCUCUGCUUGACCUCAUGGACACUAACUCAUUCCAAUUGGGCACGAAGUGAGGACCUUCUUUAAUUACUUUGUACUGAUACUGUCUAACUCCAAUUACAUCAUGGGUCACAACGUCAGUGAUGACACUGUUCUUAUGGAUUUCUUUCUUUGAUGCAAUUAUUCUGCCUGAACAUAAUCAGUAUGUGGCAAUGCUGGUAUAAAAAGGCUCUGCUCUUCAUAUCCUCCAUUACCAUCUUUAGAUUCCUUAUAGCUCAGGCAUCUGGCAGUGCUGCCAUUUUUCUCCGAAUCUGUCUGAUGUCUUUCUUCAGUUCUCCUUUGUCUAGUUUGGCCUUGGCAUCACCAAUGUGCCUCAAGGAAGCGAUGGCAUCCAGGGCCGACUGGAACCCUGUCAAUCACGAGUUCACAGACAAAUACAGAAAACUUUGAGGACCGUCUACAAACACUUGUAGGCCUUCUUCUGUGACAGUGAGUGUUGUGUGUUUGGAGUCUCAUCUAUAAUGCAUUGGCCUCCCUCAGGUUGCUUCAGAGCAGAAAGUGAGAGGUUGACUGAAAACCUUUAGCUUGUGUCAUGCGGUAUAAGCUGAAUACUGAUUUGUCAAGCUUUGCUGUCACCGAUUGUAUUUACUGAGGUGACCUGGUGAUUUUGUGUCAAGGGCUAGGAGUCUGUCUGGGGAAGGCUAGCACUUUGGGGGAAAUGAGGUGGAAAUUGGCUUUGGCAUAUAUGUCCAAAAGUGUGUAGACACCUGCUCAUCCAAUGUUUCUUCUGAAAUCAAGGGUAUUAAUAGUAUUUGUCAUGGCUUUGCUGCAGUGACAGCUACUCUUCUGGGAAGACUACAUUAGAUGUUGGAACAGGAGGAUUUGUGAGGAUUGCAUUCAGCCAUAGGAGUAUUAGUGAGGUCAGUUUCUGAUGUUGGAUGAUGAGUUCUAGAUCACAAACACUGCCCUUAGUGACCUUAAAGUCAUAUGUGGCUACUCCAGAGCAUUCCGUAUUUUAUUGACAAUGCUGUGUGUGUGUGCAAUUGAACACCUUAAAGUAUCUGAAUUCACAAAUUAGAAGGGCUGUGUAGAUACUUUUGGACAUAUUGUCUAUGCUUGAAAUUAAAUUGGCUUUAUCUACAAAAAAA